AUGAAGGUUCUAGUUCUCGGGCUGUGUCGCACGGGAACGAGCUCGCUUUAUGUGGCCCAAAAGGAGCUUGGAAUGAAGCCAUACCACUUCCGAGACAUCAUUUUCAAGCCUGAGCAUAUGGACCUAUGGCUGAAGGCUAUGAAGGCUAAGUUCGACGGAGUUGGCAAACCUUUCGAGGGGAGGGAUUUUGACCAGAUGCUUGGGGAGUACGACUCUGUCGCUGAUACCCCGGCCUGCUUCUUCGUAGAGGAACUUCUCGCAGCCUAUCCUGAAGCCAAAGUGAUCCUUACCGUCCGCAGUUGCGAAUCAUGGCUGCAGUCAAUGCAGAAUACUCUCAUUACUGUGAUAUCCUGGAGAUCCUGGUCCAUUCUUUCAUUCUUCGAUCGGGAUCAUUCUGCCUCUUACUGGCCACUGUUCAAUCGCAUCAUGCGUGUCAUGUCGAAAGGAAAUGCCCCUUGGAAGCCCUCAGCUUCCUCGUCAUUCCUUGAGUUUUAUGAUGAACAUUAUGCAUUGGUACGUCGUGUGGUCCCAAAGGACAGGCUUCUAGAGUGGCAUCCAUCUCAAGGCUGGAACCCCCUAUGUGAAUUCUUGGAGUUCCCUGUUCCGACGAAGGAGUUCCCGCACGUCUGUACAGGGGAUAGCAAUGUUCGAACGCACAACGCAAUGUACUGGAGCAGAUGGCGGCAUGUCGUGAAAAAUAGUGCCAAAAUUGCCACUUUACUAGGACUCACUUUCGGAGGGGUGUGGUACGUACGAUCGGGUGGCAUUGCUCGCUAG